AGCUGAGGUGUUUGCUGCAUGCAAGUUCCAGACGAAAGGGUCAGGAGACCAGACUGACUGCGGAGGGUAAACUCCCGGGAAGCGAAUGAAGAAACAUUUAUUGCUUCACUUCACAUACAGAGGACUAGUGAGAAAAGGAAAAAAGAGUAAAAGAAGAAAAUGGCCAAUUUUAAAUUGCGGAAAGCUGAACCCAAGGACGUGCCAGACAUACUGCGACUCAUAAAGGAACUUGCGAAAUAUGAAGAAAUGGAGGAUCAGGUAGUGCUAACCGAGAAAGAUUUGCUCGAAGACGGAUUCGGAGAUCACCCAUUCUAUCACUGCAUCGUGGCGGAAGUGCCGGUGGAGCAUCAGAAAGUCAAGGGUUGUUCUGUAAUUGGGUUUGCCAUGUAUUACUUCACUUAUGACCCCUGGAUUGGAAAGCUGCUCUAUCUGGAGGACUUCUAUGUGAUGCAGGAGUAUAGGGGUUACGGUAUCGGCUCCGAGAUCCUGAAGUUGCUCAGUGAUACUGCGGUGAAGACUCGCUGUAGCAGCAUGCAUUUCAUCGUGGCGGAGUCCAACAAGGCGUCGAUCGAGUUCUACAAGAAGCGCGGUGCCUCGGACCUAUCCCUGGAGGAGGGCUGGCGUCUAUUCCGCAUCGACAAGGACUACCUGCUGAAGAUGUCCGCCGAAGAGUGAGAACCGGCCCAGAGAACCGGCGCCGUCAGCGGAGAGGCUGAGAAGAGUAUUCACCCGCUUCUCAGAUUUCACUUUUAAACUUUCGACUAAUCGACCGCUGAUUAUUAACGUCACUAAUAAUGGCAAACACCAUCAUUACUCUUAAUUGGCAUAGUUAGCGUAUUUUGGCUUAAUUAGAUGCACUUAUGCUUAGAUUUGAGUGAGGAUGUUCUUUUAGUGGGAUAUGUGUAGUGUGUGACUUUAGUGACUUUUAAUUUUUGUAAUUUUUCAACAGCCCCACCCCCCCCCCUUUUUAGUUUGAUUUAUUCCAUGUCUUAUUCACAAUAAAAUAGGUAAAUACAAA